GGGGAAGGAUAUAAGAUGAUGCAAACAGAAAUUCCACUGGUCUCCAGAUAGCGUCAUGUGUCAUGACCCUGCCAGGCUCCGUGAGCACUGCUUCAGACAGCCUUUACAACUUCCAGGGGAAGCAGCUGAGGCUCUGCUCGCCGUCGGGUGGAAGAUGAGCGACUGCGAGUUCAGAUACAUCUACACACUGGCCCAGGACUACCUGCGCUAUGUCCUGGAGCUAUCGCAGCCCACGUCGGGGUCCAGUAAAACGUCCAGAGUGCUCCAAAACGUGGCUUUCUCGGUCCAGAAAGAAGUUGAAAAGAAUCUGAAGCCAUGCUUGGACAAUUUUGAUGUUGUGUCCAUAGAGGACGCCAGGACGAUAUUCAACCAAGUGAUGGAAAAAGAAUUUGAAGAUGGGAUCAUUAACUGGGGAAGGAUUGUGACCAUAUUUGCAUUUGGAGGUAUCCUCAUCAAGAAAGUUCUACGAGAGCGGAUUGCUCCGGAUGUGGACACUUACAAAGACAUUUCCUAUUUUGUUGCGGAAUUUAUAGUGAAUCACACGGGAGAGUGGAUAAGGCAAAACGGAGGCUGGGAAAAUGGCUUUGUAAAGAAGUUUGAAUCUAAAUCUGGCUGGCUGAUGUUUCUGGAAAUCGCAGGAAAGAUCUGUGAAAUGUUCUCCCUCCUGAGGCAAUACUGUUGACCAAAAGGACACUCCAUGUUGUGAAACCUGUCUAGUUUUCCUGACAGUUGCAAGAACUAUUGCCAACACCGGACUUCUACUUUUAAAUAAACAACUCCGAUGAAGUAACAACUUCCCAGAGUUACAGACACUUUGUCCCUAUUUUAAUGAAUA